GAUAUGUUAUCGCUUUUUCGAUUUGAGGUUAGGAAUUCGUUUUUGGGUUUUUAAUGAAAUCAGGACUUUCCCUAUUGAAAAGGAAAACAGUGUUCAGUGUUUGAUUUCGCAUUAAACUUUAAAUAUCGGGUUUUGGAGAUUUUUUCUGAAAUGGUGUUCAAGUGUCAGAGUGACUCAUUUCUCAAGGAAUUUUCUGCAAAAGUCAUAUCUUGUGAUAAGGCUGUAGGUGCUGAUAAUAAGAAGGAUGCCAAUGUAAAAGAAUUAUAUGAGGUGAUUUUGGAAGAUACAAUUUUGUUUCCCGAAGGAGGAGGUCAGCCUUGCGACUAUGGAUUUCUCAACGCCAUUCCCGUGAACAAAGUUGUUCGAAAAGGAGAUAAAGCUAUUCAUAUCAUUCAUGAGCCGUUGCCUAUUGGUAGCGAAGUAAAGCAAACAAUCAACUGGGACAGGCGAUUUGACCAUAUGCAGCAGCAUUCUGGUCAGCAUUUAAUUACCGCCCUUAUAGAUCGAGAAUUUAAAUAUCCUACACUGAGUUGGUGGCUGGGAGAAGAUGUUUCUUACAUUGAAUUAGAUAUCCCAAAAAUCACCGAAGCUCAAAUAAAAGAAGCAGAAAAUAAAAUAAAUGCCCUUAUCAGGGAAGGUAAAAAAGUGACGGUAGAAGUGUAUUCUGAAGAUACCCCAAAGGAAGAAUUAGAAAAGGUUCGAGCAAGAGGACUGCCUGAUGAUCAUAAAGGCGACAUCAGGGUGAUUAAUAUUGAGGACUUGGAGCGCAACAUGUGCUGCGGCACUCAUGUGACCAAUUUAAGUCAAUUGCAAGCAGUAAAACUACUAAACAGUGAAAAAAGCAAAAGAAAAGACAAGACGCUGCUUUAUUUUUUGGUUGGCAAUCGAGUGUUGAAAAGACUAUCGGACUGCAUUGAACGAGAACAGAAACUGGUAACACUGUUAAAAAAUAACCCUUCUCAACAUCCAGAACUUGUAGAUAAGCUGCAGAAAAACGUUAAACUCCUAACCAAAAACGUUCAAACAGUACUGAAAGACCUCGCGCUUGUGCAUGCUGUAAAAUUGAAUGAGACUCUUCCAGUACCUGCCUAUUAUUCAAUGCAUAGGAAAGAGGCUGAGCCAGAUUUUAUGAAUACUUUUAUACGGGAACUAGGUGGCAGAACGGAUAUAUUUUUAUUUUUGUCUACUGGUGACGAAAAGGAAGCUGGAAAUAUCCUUCUAUAUGGGCCGGAGAAGGAUGUUGCACAUCUAGGACCAAAGAUAUGUGAGUUGUUGGGUGGAAAAGGGGCGGGAAAAGGCCAUAGGUUCCAAGCGAAAGUGUCCAAGAUGGCAAACAGAUCAAAAGCAGAGGAAUUAUUAAAAGAAUAUUUCUCAAACUGAAGUCGAGGCUGUAGCUGCGGUAACUUCCAAAUUAUAUUAGUGGUUUAUUUAAAAAAUAAUAUUAAAGAUGA